AUGUGUCUAGUAGUUAUCAGACUAUUAUUAUAUCCAUCAGUUUUCAUUGGACUUCUGAUAUUAAAUAAUUAUGGUAUUAAUUAUUCUGAUAUUUAUGCAUCGUCACCAGAUUGUUGUUCACAAGGAUGUUUUAAUUAUUUUCGUCGUUUAAAACAAUUUCAUGAAUCACCAUUUGUAAAAUUUUCGUAUAAUUCUGCUGGUUAUAUAUUUUUUCUCUUACUAUUUUCUUAUUAUUUAUUAUUCAAUUUUAAAAGUCCAACAAAUGAAACUCCAAGUAUACAUUGGACAGAAAUUUUAGUUAUUAUUAUUGUAACAACAAUGCUUUUUGAAGAUAUUCGACAAUUCCUUCGUCAAGAUAGUCGUUCAAUGAUGGGAAAAUUUUCUAAUUAUUUUAUAAAAAAUUUGUUUGUCAGCUUAAUUCGUAUUGCAUCAUAUAUACUUUUUUAUAUUGGUCUUAUUCUUCGUUUUACAUAUGCAUCUACUGAUGAAGAUCUAUCAGUUUCUAAAAUAAUUCUUGCCUAUGAUCUUGAGAUUUGGUAUAUUCGAUCAUUAACUUUUCUUGGUGUUGCACGAAAAAUGGGACCAAAACUUGUUAUGAUACGAAAAAUGCUGAUUGAUUUAUCUUUCUUUACAUAUAUUAUUUUAAUUGCAAUGAUUGCAUAUGGUGUUACUUCUCGAUCUAUGUAUAAUUAUAAUGCAGAUAACAAUACUGAUGAUUUAGAAUUUGAUGGUCGAUCAGUUUUUCGACAUAUUGUUUAUCCGACUUAUUAUCUCAUGUAUGGAUCCACAGAUAACGAAUUAACAGCACUUGAUCGUAUAGUUUUAUUUUAUUUUGAUGACAAAUUUUAUAUUGAUUUAUUUUUUUGUUUAAUAGAAAAUCCUGACCUUAGUACGUCUAUUGCUACUCAAGUUUUAUUAGCAUUUCAUAUGUUAUUUGUUAACAUUCUUCUUAUCAAUCUUCUUAUUGCUAUGUUUAGUUAUACAUUUCAAACAGUUCAAGAUCAAACUGAUCUUGUUUGGCGCUAUGAACGAUAUUCAUUAAUUCGUGAAUAUUUUGAUCGACCACCACUUUUUCCUCCAUUUAUUAUUAUAACGCAUUCUAUUGAACUUAUUAAAUUUUUGAAACGACGUUGCUCAAAAAGAAAUAAUUCAAAUAUGAAAAAAAGUCACGCAAAGAUAUUUAAAAUGAUCGGUGCUAAUCGUGAAAUAGAUAAAGAGUGGUCAGAAUUUGAAAGUUAUGCAACAAAUCUUUAUGCUCGAACAAUAGUUUCUGGCCAACCAUCAUCAGCGGCUACUCUUAUACCAUCAAUAGCACGUCAAGAAGUUCCACCAACAACAUUAGAUACAAUUAAUGCUUCACAAUCACCAUCGAAUAUAGAUUUAAAAGCAAUUAAUGAUGAAAUGGCAUCAAUUAAACGAGUUAUUGGAGACCUUCGUACAUAUGCUGAAGAAAUGAACAGAUGUAUGCAAUGGAUGAUGGAUGCUAUGGAACGUGUUAAAAUGUCUAAAGAACCGAAACCAAAACUAAGAUCAGCAGUAACAACGAAUGGUAAGAUUAUUUAA